AAAAUAUACAUACAUGCAUGUAUUAAUAAUCACAAAUUGAUGUUUGUAACAAUUAGAAAUUUGUAAUUUUAAAAAUCAUUUGUUUAAAUAAAAACAUUCAACUUUGGUGAAUAGUUUAAAAGUUUACUCCAAAAGUAUAUACUAAUAAGUGACUCAAGCUACCAAACUGUCGAUGAAUAAUUUUUGUGCGUGAUUAGGAUAUUGAUUGACAGUUCAUGUUUUGUUCAUAGCAAAAAAAAAAGAUUUAAAAUAUUCUAUUUUUCCGAUUAUAAAUAGUAUUGUAUUAUGUGAUAAAUUUUCUUAAAUAAUAUCCAAUAAGAUAAUAGCAUAAACAAAUUAUCGAACAGUGUUGAUUAAUGAUUCAUUUAUUGUGUUAAACAAAGUGUUAAAAGGAAAUUAAGAAUUUGGUGAAUUGUUCAAGUUUACGUAAACAAAGUAUUAAAAUGUCAAAAAAUAAAUUAAAUUUGACAUUGCCACCAGGCUCGAUAGAACCUGCUUCAGCAGUAUCGCCAUCACCUCCAGUACCAUCACUUCCUUCUUAUCCGGAACCACCUGUGAUACCUGAUGGAGUUAUGGGUAAAAUAAGUAUUGAUGCUAUACAAGAGAGAUUAGAAGAAUUGGAGAUGGAUGAAGAACAAAGGAAACGACUUGAAAGUUUUUUAGGACAAAAAGAAAAAGUUGGAGAAUUAUGUGAUGAUGACUUUGAAAAAUUAGGCGAAUUAGGAGCAGGAAAUGGUGGUGUUGUAAUGAAAGUUAGGCAUAAAAAAUAUGGUCUAAUUAUGGCGAGAAAGUUGAUACAUUUAGAAGUAAAGCCAGCAAUUAAGAAGCAAAUCAUUCGUGAACUUAAGGUACUUCAUGAGUGUAAUUUUGCUCAUAUAGUUGGGUUCUAUGGUGCUUUUUACAGUGACGGUGAGAUUAGUAUAUGUAUGGAAUAUAUGGAUGGUGGAUCUUUAGAUUUAAUACUUAAAAAAGCUGGAAGAAUACCAGAGCCAAUAUUAGGAACUAUAACAUCCGCAGUACUCAAAGGAUUAAGUUAUUUGAGAGAUAAACAUGCUAUAAUGCAUCGAGAUGUAAAACCAAGUAAUAUAUUGGUAAAUAGUGCCGGUGAAAUAAAAAUUUGUGAUUUUGGAGUUUCUGGACAAUUAAUAGAUUCAAUGGCCAAUUCAUUUGUUGGUACCAGAAGUUAUAUGUCGCCAGAGCGAUUGCAAGGUAGUCAUUAUUCAGUUCAAAGUGAUGUCUGGUCUUUGGGUCUUUCUCUUGUUGAAAUGGCUAUUGGGAUGUAUCCAGUUCCACCACCUGAUACAAAUACUUUAGUAUCAAUAUUUGGUCCACAAGCUCUCCAAGUUUUACCAAAUGAUACAGCAAAUAAUACAUCCACGCCAGCACAAUCUCCAUCUCACAAUGCCAACAGCCCACGGCCUAUGGCAAUUUUCGAAUUGCUGGAUUACAUUGUGAAUGAACCUCCACCAAAAUUACCUCCAGGCAUAUUUACUGAUGCUUUUACAGAUUUUGUUGAUAGAUGUUUGAAAAAGAAUCCUGCUGAACGUGCUGAUUUAAAAACAUUAAUGAAUCAUGAAUGGAUAAGAAAAGCAGAAGCUGAAAAUGUUGAUAUUGCUGGCUGGGUAUGUCGAACAAUGGAUUUGCAACCGACUACUCCUACUCGUUUAGCUAAUGUACAGUCCUGAAUAAAUGUCACUCUUACAUACUUGACAACAUAUAUACGCGUUCAGUACUCUUAAAUCAGUUUUCAAGUUUACUCUGAUUUGAACAGUGGCAUUUUAAGUUGAAAUAUUUUAUUUCCUGAAAUAUAUAAUUAAAUAAAAUAUAAAUCAUAUUAGGAAGAAAUUUGAGAAAUUUAUCAAAUAGUGUACUGUAACUGAUUAUUGGUAAUAACUAUAUUUUUAUGUAGACAAAUACGGAACAAAAGUUAAGAUAAUAAGAAUAAAAAAAGCUAACUGAAAAAUGGAGAAAAAAAUUUUUAAGAAUACUAAAUAAUUAUAUAACUGCUUAAGAUGUUAUCUAUACAUUGUGCGCCACUGUGCUUUAAUAAUUUGUUAACAAUUAUAUGAAUUAUAGUUGUUUAAUUAUAUUAAGUUACCUUAUGAAAGUAUGUAAGACAAAACCAUUAUUAUGUAAAUUGAGUAUAAUAUUGCAGCCAUUGCUAUGUGUUUACUGUGAUAAGAUUAGAGUAACGUUAAAUUAUAGUAAACCAACAGGUAAAUUAAUUAAUUAAUGUAAAAAUAUAAUAUAUGUAUAUGAGUAUAAAACUA